AUGUGUCUGCUGGGGUCAGUUCGACAAGCAUGGAGUCCCGAUUUAGAGUUGCUACACAACCUAGGCCACGACUAUGUUCCUCGAGGCUCUGAGAUUUUCUACGUGGAGCAGGUAAAAGCCUCGGAUGCAGAUGCAGGACUCUACGGCUUAGUCGAGUAUUCGCUUUAUGAUGGAUUCCAAAGCUACGAAGCACCUCCUGCAUUCCAGAUCGACCCGCAGGAUGGCCGCAUUUGUGUGUCCCAAGACAUAGACAGGGAAAGGGAUCCCGGCACCUUUGAUCUGCUGGUAAAAGCUAAGGAUGGGGGUGGUCUUAGUGCCCAAGCUUUUGUCCGGGUUGAAGUGGAUGAUGUAAAUGAUAAUUACCCUGUCUUCACUCCAUCGACCUAUGUGACCAGCAUCAGUGGCCAGACCCCACCAGGAACUGAGAUCAUCAACGUUCUUGCCAGUGACAGAGAUUCUGGAAUAUAUGGAACAGUGGCUUAUGAACUCAUCCCAGGAGAUCAGUCGUCUCUCUUCACCAUUGACUCUACUACAGGGAUUAUUUACUUAACAUCAACGCUCAGCCAUUUGGAAGCCACCACCGUUUUUCUGAUGGUCUGUGCUCGAGAUGGUGGCGGGCUCACAGCUGGCACUAACGCUGAUGUCACCGUCCACAUCAUGCAGACCACGCUGGCUCCUGCAGAGUUUGAAAGGCCCAAGUACACCUUCUCAGUUUAUGAAGAUGUGCCAGAAGACACGCUUGUUGGGACAGUGAAGGCAAGAGAGUCCUUGAAUUCCUCAGAGCCAAUCACGUAUCGAAUUUCCUCUGGCGAUCCGGAAGGAAAGUUCUCCAUUCACAGAUGGCUGGGCAGUAUCUGCACCCUGAAGCCUCUGGACCACGAGGCACAGCCCAUGGUUGUCCUCACGGUCCAGGCACAGCUCGGCAGCUCCCCAGCCUGCAGCAGUACAGAAGUGAACAUUACGGUGAUGGAUGUUAAUGACAACCGCCCUGAGUUUCCCACAGCCUCAGAUGAGAUUAGGAUCUCCCAGACCACUCCGCCUGGUACAGCCUUGUACCUUGCACGUGCGCAGGAUAGAGACAGCGGGCUGAAUGGACUGGUCCGGUACAGCAUCGCAAGUCCCCAGCCAAGCGAAUUCAGCAUGGACCAAGGCCGCGGGGUGCUGUACCUCAGGGAGAGUCUGGGAGGCCAGGCAGACUUCAGGCUGACUCUCGUGGCUAAGGAUCAAGGUGUUCCUCCCCAGGCAUCCCAGUUGGUACUCACAGUAGUUAUUGAAAGUCAAGAACGAAUCCCAGCCGUGGCUUUUGAAAAUUUGGUCUAUCAAGUAGAAGUUAGUGAGUCUCUCCCACUGACGACUCAAAUCCUACAGGUACAGGCCUACCCUCUGUAUCCGUGGCGCCCAGCCUCGAAGAAGACCGUCUACUCCCUGGAUGUCAGCGUGGACUCUGCAGUGUUUGGAAUCCACCCUCACACUGGGUGGAUUUAUCUACGGCGGCAGCUAGACUAUGAGUCUACAGAGACAUACAAGUUUAGAGUGUAUGCGCACACCUCAGGGGACAGAUCGCUGCGGAAUGUGAUGCGGAACGUGAGCACUUCGGUGAUAGUUCAUGUCCUGGAUGAGAACGACCACGCCCCAGCCUUCCGGCAGAACAGGGUGUUUCUGAACAUUGAGGAGAGCCCUCUCCCCCUAGGGGUAAUAGGGAAAAUGACAGCCAUCGAUGCUGACUCUGGGAAGAACGGGCAGCUCUCCUAUUUCCUUCUGACCGAUGGAAAAUUCUUCAAGAUGAAUCCUAACACAGGUGAGCUGAUCAAUUGGUUGGCACUGGAUCGUGAACAUCAGGGGCAUCAUCAAAUGACUAUCCUAGUGACAGACCACGGCUCCCCACCACAGAAUGCCACCAUGCUGGUUUAUGUCACAAUUACUGACAUCAAUGACAACAGGCCCUUUUUCCCUCAGUGUCUCCCGGGAAAGGAAUUUCACUUCAAGGCUUUGGAAGGUCAGCCAGUCAAUACAUUGGUUACAACUGUCUUUGCGAAGGAUCUCGACGAAGGACUCAGUGCAGAACUUACAUACUCCAUCUCGUCAGAUUACCCUGCUCACUUUAAGAUUGAUGCAAACAAUGGUGAGAUAAGAACAACCACGAUCCUUUCAUACGACUACAGACCUUCCUAUAGGAUGACAGUCAUCGCCAGUGACCAUGGGGUGCCCCCACUUCAAGGACAGGCAAUUAUUAACAUUCAGGUGAUACCACUCUCCAAAGGGAGGGUUUUUAUGUCUCAGAAUAUCCGACAUUUAGUUAUCCCAGAAAAUACGAAGCCUUCAAAGAUCAUGAGCCUGAUGAAGUCACCCGAUCCCCUUCAACAGGACCAUGGUGGGAAGUUACACUUCAGUUUUGUUGCUGAGGACAAGGAUGACCACUUUGAAAUUGACAGCUCGACAGGAGAUUUGUUCCUAACUAAGGAACUUGACUAUGAAAUGACAUCCCAUUAUCUUAUCAGGGUGAUUUCUAAAGAUCACAGCCAAAGCCCUGCCUGGAACAGCACAGUCUUCCUUAGCAUUGAUGUGGAAGACCAGAAUGAGCAUUCCCCAUCCUUCCAGGAUGAGGUCAUUGUGAUAAGCAUAGAGGAGAAUGUCCCUGUAGGGACUCCGGUGUAUGUGUUCAAUGCCAAAGAUGGCGAUGGCAGUUUUCUGAACAGUAGGAUACAAUACUUUGCAGAAUCCAGCUAUGUUGGAGUGAACCCAUUUCUCAUCCACCCCUCCUCUGGUGCAUUGGUCACUGCAUCUCUUCUGGAUAGAGAAAAUGUUCCAACUUUCAUCCUAACCGUAACUGCAUCAGAUCAGGCUGUGAAUGUGACAGAUCGGCGAUGGAGGACACUGGUAGCAGAAGUGGUGAUUUUGGAUGUGAAUGACCACAGCCCCACCUUCGUGUCCUAUCCCAUCACCUAUGUGAGAGAAGAUGCUGAAGUAGGUGCUGUGGUACACCGCAUAAAUGCCGAGGAUCCAGAUGCAGAGAUGAAUGGAGAAGUAGUGUACAGCAUCCUCUCAGGAAAUGAAGACAUGGUCUUCGUGCUAGACAGCUCAUCAGGCUUGCUGAGGACAGCCUGUCCUUUGGAUUACGAAGUGAAAUCUCAGCAUACCCUGACCCUCGUGGCCCAUGAUGGUGGCACGCCAGCACGUUCUUCAUCCCAGACUCUGACGGUCACUGUCCUUGAUGUAAAUGACGAGACACCAGUAUUUAAGCAACUUCUGUACGAAACUUCAGUUAAAGAAAACCAAAGUCCAGGAGUGUUUGUUACAAGGGUUGAAGCUGAAGACACAGAUUCAGGAGUCAAUUCCAAACAUCAGUUUGAAAUCCUGCCAGGGCCUGCCUUUGGGUUGUUUGAGAUCAAUCCUGACACAGGAGAGGUGGUGACAACUGUCACGUUUGACAGGGAAGCUCAAGGAAUCUUCAGGCUUCGAGUACUCGUGCGAGAUGGUGGUGUCCCUUCAUUGUCCAGCACGGCGGCCAUCAUCUGCACCAUUGAAGAUGAAAAUGACCAUGCCCCGGAGUUUAUUGUCCUCCAUCAUGACAUUGAAAUCCUAGAAAACCGAGAUCCAGAGGUUGUGUACACUGUGCUGGCUUUUGAUAUGGAUGCUGGCAACAAUGGAGCUGUCACCUAUCACAUAGCGGAAGGAAAUACCGAUGAGUAUUUUGCAAUCCAUACAACCUCAGGAGAACUCUCAACAACUCGUGCUUUGGACCGGGAGCAGGUCAGCAAUUUUACCCUCACUAUCUUGUGCUCAGACUUGGGGAGCCCGCCCCGAAGCUCUGCAAUGCAGCUGCAUAUUAGAGUUUUGGAUGACAACGACCACAGCCCCGCUUUUCCUAUGUUGCAGUAUCAGUCCUCCGUGAGAGAAGAUGCGGAGGUGGGCACCGUGGUUCUGGUGCUGUCUGCCAUAGACAGAGAUGAGGGUCUCAACGGGCAGGUGGAAUAUUUUCUUAUGGAGGAAGCUUCUGGCGCCUUCACUAUUGAUCAUGUAACAGGGACCCUGAGAACUAGCCACACCCUUGAUCGAGAAGCCAGGUCUCAACACACGUUCCAGGCAGUGGCCAGAGACUGCAGCAUUCAAGGUGCAAAAAGCAGCGUGCUCUCCAUACUCAUAGACGUCACGGAUGCUAAUGACAAUGAUCCUGUUUGGGAAGAGAACCCGGUUGAUGCUUUCAUUUCCCCCAUGCUGGCCCUAAACCAGACCAUUGUUCAUCUGAGAGCCAGUGACCCAGAUGCAGGGCCCAAUGGAACUGUUAUUUUCAGUUUUGUAGACCGCCAGUCCAUGUUUUCCAUCGAUGGAUAUACAGGAGAAGUUAAACUACAGCAGAAACCAUCUUCAGAACACUUUCCUAUCUGGGUGCAGCUAUUGGCCGCAGAUCAAGGGACCCCAGCAAGGACAACCAUGGGCCUCUUGGUUGUCCACAUGGAAGGAGAAGGUGUGAAACUGUCCUUCAGCCACUAUCUCUAUACAGGACUCGUGACUGAAAACUGUGAGCCAGGUACCUCUGUUGUGACUGUAAAGGCGUUUGCUCCUGUGUCAAGUCCAGGCUCCAUUACAUACUCUGUUUUUAGUGGGAAUGAAGAUGGAGUGUUCUCCCUGGGCUCCAACUCAGGACAACUCAUCGUGGAAGAGCCUAGAUUGCUUGAUUGUGAAGUCAGGAGUGAAGUGCAGCUCAUCAUUCUUGCUGAGAACAAUAGGCAUAAAGCUUUCACCACAGUAGCAGUUUCCAUCCAGGACAGGAAUGAUAAUCCUCCACGCUUUGCACAAAGUGUAUACCAAGCAUCGGUGUCUGAAGGACAGUUCUACAAUGCUCAUGUCAUACAGGUGUCCGCUACUGACUUGGACAGGGGCUUGAACAGCCAGAUCGAGUAUUCCAUUGUCUCUGGGAACCAAGCCGGAGCCUUCCGGAUUGACGAGCUGAGCGGAGUGAUCCUGACCAACUCCAUCCUGGACUAUGAGUCCACCAGCUCCUACAGCUUGAUUGUACAAGCCACAGACAGAGGGGUGCCCAGGCUUUCUGGUACAGCUCUGGUCAAGAUACAGGUGACUGAUAUAAACGACAAUGCCCCGGUCUUUCUCCUCUCAGAAGCAGUAGAAAUUACAGAAAAUUCUUUGCCUGGUGUAAUUGUGGCUCGGGUAUCCGUCCAUGAUGCGGAUCUGAAUCCAGCUUUCACCUUCAGUCUUGUCAAAGAAAGCAGCUCUGCAGCCAAAUUCGCUAUCAGUCAGGACACUGGAGUGGUAGUGCUGGCGCGUACACUGGAUUUUGAAGAAGUUACCGAAUACGAGCUGAUCGUCCGUGUUUCUGAUUCAGUGCACCACACAGAGGGUUCCCUCAUCAUCCGUGUGCUGGAUGUCAAUGAUAACCCACCCGUUUUUACUCAAGAUUUCUACCAGGCUGCAGUUCCUGAACUCACGCCUGGAGGGUACUUGGUGCUGACCCUGUCUGCCACCGACUUAGAAAGCAGUGGAGACAUUUCUUACCGGAUCCUUUCCCCUCCUGAGGGAUUCGCCAUCGACCCCAGGAAUGGCACCAUAUUUACUACUGAUUCUGUAUCACUUCCGGAAAAGAUACCAACACUUCGGUUUCUUGUUGAAGCCAGCGAUGGUGGGAUUCCCUCCUUGACGGCUCUCACGUUAGUGGAGAUAGAUAUACAAGAUGUGAACAACUAUGCCCCGGAGUUUACAGCGGAGUGCUAUAAUCUUAGCUUGAGUGAAGAUGCCCCCAUCGGAAGCACCCUCAUGACGUUUUCAACUAUCGACCGUGACUACUCUUUGGAAAACAAACACACCGAGUAUUCUAUCAUCAGUGGCAACUUUCACGGCUACUUCCACGUUGAAACCAGCCUCCUUGGUUCAGAACAUCCCCCCCGGCAGAGCGGUGCUCUUGUGUUGUUUCGUGCUCUGGACAGAGAAGCGAGUGCCAGCCACAAGCUUGUGCUUCUUGCGUCUGACCACGGCUGCCCUCCACUGAGCUCCACAAGUGUCAUAGCAAUAGAAGUUCUCGAUAUCAAUGACAACGCACCCACCUUCGGCAGUCGGCGGUACCACGCCCAUGUCAAGGAAAGCACCCCGGUAGGGAGUCAUGUCACCAUGGUAUCGGCAGAUGACCGUGACGCAGGUUCACAUGCAGAAAUCAUCUAUGGCAUAACCUCUGGAAAUGAAAAAGAACAUUUUUACUUAGAAGACAGAACUGGGGUUCUUUAUUUGGUGAAACCUCUGGAUUACGAGGAAACAAUAGCAUUCACUUUAACCAUCCAAGCCACAGAUGAGGAGGAGAAACACGUCUCUUUUGCUGCUGUGCAUAUCAGUGUGUUAGAUGACAAUGACCACUCACCUCAGUUUCUGUCCUCUACCUUGGCCUGCAUCACUCCCGAGAACCUUCCUCCUCUCUCCAUCAUAUGUUCUGUGCACGCCCUGGAUUUUGAUGCGGGACCUUACGGGGAGGUGACUUACUCUAUUGUGUCACCAUGUCUUGCCACGCAUGGGAUGCAUCCUUAUCAGGAUCUCUUUGUCAUCGAUCCUUUGACAGGGGACAUUCACACUGAGCAAAUGCUCGACUAUGAAAGUGUCAGGGAGCACUGCCUCCUGAUUCAGGCCAGAGACAGAGGUGACGCGUCAGCUUCCCUGGAGGUCUGGGUGGAAGUUGAAGGGGUAGAUGAGUUUGAACCCAUUUUUACUCAAGAUCAAUAUUUUUUCAGUCUCCCUGAGAAGGGUCAAGGACAACAGCUGAUUGGCAGAGUAGAGGCCUCGGACGCAGAUGCUGGUGUGGAUGGAGUGGUGCUCUACUCUCUUAGGACUCCAUCCACUGUCUUGUCAGUAAACAAAACGAAUGGCAACAUUUACUGGGUUAGAGCUCCUCUCCUAAUAAGCAGUCAGCUCAACAAAGAAGACACUCUGGAAGUGAAAAUAAUUGCUCACAGCCCCAAGCCGGGCUCUAAGUCCACAUCCUGCAGUGUGUUUGUGAAUGUCUCUUUGCCAGCCGUAGGACACCAUAGAACAGUACUGGUUCACAGUUUCUCCAUCAGCCUUGUGGUCUCCUUGUUAGUGUUCCUCUCGCUUGUCUGCACUCUAAUUGUACUGAUUUUAAGGCAUAAGCAAAAAGACCCACUACACAGCUAUGAGGAGAAGAAGGCCCCAUCAUCCCCAGAUGCUGAUCCCAAAUUGACUGGGGCUGCAAGUGAGCUCAAGGCUGGGCAGGAGACUGCCGAGUACAAGGGUAUGACAGGGCCUGGUGAAGUCAUGCCUACCGAAUGGUUGAACUUAAUGAGUGUCAUGGAGAAGGACAUUAUCCACCUAUUCAGGCACUCAAACUACAGUGGCCACUGCUCUGUGGAUGGAGAAACUGCAGAAGAUAAAGAAAUCCAGAGGAUAAAUGAGAAUCCUUAUAGAAAGGACUCAGACUCUGCCCUGAGUGACCGGGGUUCCAGGGUGCCAGACUCGGGCAUCCCUAGGGACUCUGACCAGCUUUCUUGCCUGUCAGGAGAGACAGAUGUGAUGACUAGUUCUGAGGUAAUGGAAGCCAGCCACAUGUUUGAGGAAGGAGUUGGAGGGGAAGGCUGUGACAUAAUCUAUGUUCAAAAUAAUGCAUUAUCCCCCAGAAGAGAGGUGACAGCAGGUGUCUUGGCUGAGAGCAGGAAAGAGUCCUUCACUUCAGGCAGUCAGGAAGGAAGAUGUGUAGCUCCUUCCACUCAGAUGACUUCUGCUGAUGAUGUCAGAGGCAGCUUUGCCUGGGAUUACUUCCUCAGUUGGGAACCCAAGUUCCAGCAUCUUGCCUCAGUGUUUAAUGAUAUUGCCAGACUAAAGGAUGAACAUUUGCAGGUGCCUGGCAUUCCAAAAGACACAUCUUUUGUUUUCCCACCCCCCUUGAUCACAGCAGUAGCACAGCCUGGGAUCAAGGCAGUUCCCCCACGAAUGCCAGCCAUCACCCUGGGCCAAGUUCUUCCGAAAUUCUCCCGUUCUCCCCUUCCCUACCAUGGUGGGUCUCUACCAGAAGCCAUGACUCCCAACUUCUCUCCAUCUCUUUCCCUACUGACAAUGCAGACCCCUGCCAGGUCACCAGUGUUGCCAGAGGGAGAAUCUAGAGGAACGCACAUGCUUUGCACAUGGCAUGACAAGAAAGCUGAAGACGAACUUCAAGGAUAGACCGACCCUGGUGCUGACUCCGUGCCUGCUUGCCCACCUCUCAGCUCAGACAUGAAAAGACUCAAGCAAGUUCAGAAGGACGGGUUCGUUCUUACCCAACUUGCCCAUUUCAGUUUCUCAAAACUCUUCUGGCCUUAAUGAGAAGUUAUUUCCUUGUCCAGAUUUUUUUAGGUUACUCUCAGGACUCAUGUGUGUGUGUGUGGACAUUAACUAGUAUGUUUUGUCAUUCCUGUUUCUUUGAUGUUUAAAGUUUAUGAUUUGAAUAUUCAUCAGAAGUUAUGACUGGAAUUUUUCAUGAUGCUGUGCUAAUAUAGCCAAAAAUGCACUCUUGAUUGAAUGAAGCAGAAAGCACGUUCUUGAUGUAAGGCUGAGACGGACAGGAGAAUGUUUAGGCUCAGCAUGUUACCAACGCGAUACCACUGCCUUCUCUCCAAAUGAUGACGCCGCUGGUGCUCUGUCCAGAUAAAAAAACCUUCAAAGAUUAAUUUAUAGAAAUCACUUCAUUUUAUUUUCUUCUAGGUAUAGUGACUUUGGGUGUGAGAUAAUUUAUCUACUCAAUGUCCACUUUUGAAGUUUGUGUCGAUAAAAUUAUGUUACUAGCUAAUUAUAAAUUUCAUAGAGUAUUUUAGCAGUAUAUUUUUAAAUGAAGUUUUUCUUUUAUAUAUAUGAAAGUUUCUACUAUUAAAGUUAAGGGUGGGUGUCAGAAGUCUCCCUUCCAUUUACUGUUCUCCUGUACUCUGUCCUUGCUUGGUACAGUUUUACAAGGAGGUGUAAAGAAUUCUGCUUUACCCAGUUCCUGUUUCAGAGACAGUCACCAUGAUGCCUGGUGCUCACACGAAGU